AUGGUCAACCGCAAACUGCUUAUAGGCGUCGACGUUGGCGGCACUAAUACCGAUUCGGUGCUAAUCAACCCGCUGGCACUCGACACCCAGAACCGCGGAGUCCUCGCCUGGAACAAGUCCGCCACCACGGCGGAUGUCUCCGACGGUAUACAGAACGCCAUCAAAAGCCUACUGGCGGACUGCCCACAGGUGGCCAAGGCUGAUAUCGCAUCAGUGACAAUCGGAACUACUCACUUCAUCAACGCCGUCAUUGAACAGGACGCUGCCAAGCUUGAAAGAGUUGCCGUCCUCCGCCUCAGCACAAACUACUCCAAGUAUGCUCCUUCAUUUUCCGACUUUCCGGGUGGGCUUCGUUCCGUUAUGGAAGGAUACACAGCCAUCAUUAAGGGUGGUCAUAGAAUUGAUGGAACAGAGGUCCAGCCAUUGGACGAAGCAUCGGUCAGGGAACACGCACUCAAAAUUCGCGAGCUGGGGAUUAACUCUAUCGUGAUUAACGGGCAGUUCUCCCCAAUGUACCAUGAGCACGAGCAACGCGCAUCAGAAAUUGUGCGCUCGGUUCUUCCGAAAGCCAAUAUUGUCUUAUCCAGUACGAUUUCGACGAUCGGCUUUAUUGAGCGCGAAGAUGCCUCCAUCAUCAACGCCUCGAUCAUGUCUUUUGCCAGGAAGAUCAUUCUGUCCUUCAAGAAUGCUAUUCGCCAAAUAGGACUAGAGUGUCCGCUUCUUCUCACCCAGAACGACGGAACCGUUGUUUCCACUGUGGAAGCCAUGAAAACGCCGGUCAAAACGUUCUCCUCGGGUGCCACCAACUCGAUGAGAGGAGCAGCUAUUUUGUGUGCCAAGGAAGAAUGGACCAAAGGUCAGUCAAUCAUCGUAGCAGAUAUUGGUGGAACUACGACGGAUGUUGGUCUCUUACUUCCUUCCGGCUUUCCCCGCCAGUCUUCUGCGUACUCUUUUAUUGCCGGCGUGAGAACUAACUUUUCGAUGCCGCAUGUUGAGUCUAUUGGCCUCGGGGGCGGGUCUAUUGUCAAGAUAACCGAGGAUGUCACUAUCGGGCCAGAAUCAACCGGUGCAAACCUGCUGACAGAAGGAUUACUGUUUGGGGGAGAAACCACUACUGCAACUGACUUGACAGUUGCAAUUGGUCUGGAAGACGAAACCAUCGAGGAUAAAGGAAUUUACCAAAUUGGCGACGGUCAGAAAGUAGCUGGUAGAUUUUCUAAAGACGUGAAGCAGGCAUUCCAACAAGAAGUUAAGAAGAUGCUGGAGAACGCCAUUGAUAGAAUGAAAACAUCUCCUGAACCAAUCCCAGUGUUGCUUGUUGGGGGAGGAUCGAUGAUUGCUCCACAGGAGCUGGAGGGUGCGAGCAAGGUGUUCAGGCCUCCAUUUUUUGGAGUCGUCAAUGCCAUUGGAGCGGCUGUAGGUAAGAUCUCUGCCACCGUUCAGGCUAUCAAACGGAUGGAGCCGUCAGAUGAUAAGGAUGCCAUUCUGGAGAAGCUGAAGCUUCAGGCUGUGGAGAAGGCAGUGGCCAAGGGUGCAAUCAGAGACUCUUUGGUCUAUGACGACAUUGUUGUGAACCCGAUUCCUUACGUUCCAAACACAAUUGAGUUCAUGGUGAAAGUUAUUGGUGAAGUAGACUACCAGGCUAUGCACUACUCUGUUCCUGAUGAAGGAGAUACUGAGCCUGAGGAAUCCGGAGGCAGCGUUGCAAAACAUUCUGAAGCCUCAGCAAAUUACAUUGAGCACCAUUUAAAGUUCGAUGUCAGCUCCUAUAGACCUUACAUUAACCCCGAAAUGGAGUGGAUCUUAUCAGAAAUCGACUGUGAGUUUUUAAGAAUUGGUACAUAUAUUUUGGGAUGUGGUGGAGGAGGAACGCCGUAUCACCACUACUUGGCCCUGAGACACAUGGUCCGUGCUGGAAAAGCCGUGAAAGUGAUCAGGGCACAAGACUUUCCAAAGUACCAGAAAGGUGACGGUGCUGUCGUUGCGGUCGGCUACGCUGGAUCUCCAACUGUCGGCUUGGAACAACUGUCGGGAGACGAAAUGGUGCAUGGCUACAAUCUGGUGAAACGGUUUAGCAACAUCACGCCCCAGGCGUCGCUUCCAUGGGAGAUUGGUGGUGGAAAUGGUUUAACUGGGCUCAAAAUAGCUGCAGAUCUGGAUAUUCCUUGUGUGGAUGCAGAUUUCAUGGGCAGAGCGUAUCCUCUGCUGUGGCAAAUGAUUCCCGUUUGCUAUUCCGAGCAGCCAUGCUUUCCACCCUGUGCUCUUGCAGAUGGCAACGGAACGACCAUGCUGCUUUCUGAGGCUGCAAGCGAUGUGAUCGUGGAGAAAGUGUUUAGGGCAUCAUUAUCAGAGAUUGGAGCGCACUGCGGCAUGGUUUCGUUUAUGACGGCAGAAGAUAUUUCAAAGAGGAGUAUCCACAACACCACUUCCCUGGCAUGGAAAAUAGGAAGAGCGGUUCACGCUGCUCGGCAGAACUCUGAAGUGCAAAACUGCACAGAGUACAUUAUCGAGGCCUGUGGUGGAGCCGAUACAGCGAAGAAGAUAUUCACCGGAAAGAUCAUCCGAGUCGAUAGACGACUGUUCAAAGGUCAUGUUUACGGUGAGAUUGACGUCAAAGACGAGAACAGCGAGGCGGUGAUGACGAUUCCGUUCAAGAACGAGAAUAUUUACUGUGAGCUGGCUGAAAACGGCAACAAAAAGAUUACAGCUUCGGUACCAGAUUUGAUUUCCGUCAACGACGCGGAGACAGGCGAGGCUCUGGGUACACAGGACUAUCGGUACGGGUUGCACGUAUUCGUUCUCGUGAUUUCCCCAAGCACGAGAUGGACAGACACUGCUGAGGCACUCAGAACAGGAGGUCCAUCAAGCUUCGGUUACGAUUUCGAAUACACCCCGGUCGGAACCUAUGUAAAGCCUCAUAGCGUUAUAGAAGAAUAUAUGAGGUAG